AUGGUAAAGUUAGAUCAUAUGUACUUGACUAUUUUCAAAGAAAAGGUUGAUUCAACAAAUGGUAAUGGUGGAGUUCAUGUGCCAAGACAGAAGUACAUCGCCAUAUCGAAAUCCGAACUCUUAGAUGCCAUUAUUUUAAUGUUUGACUCACCAAAACUGAAAGAUGAGUUUCAGUUAAUGUCAUCGUGUCUAGACUCUAUUUUACAUGCUGAACAUAAAAGCAUUCUAGAGGAAAUGCGAGCUGAUUAUGACUUUACGCAUUCUGCAAAUCAAAAUACGACCACUCAUGAGGAUGGUGGCUCGGAAGGAAACUCGAUUCCCAAUGGAAAGGAUUCAGUCAUUGACUUGUCAGAUAUUUUGGGAUUAUCAACUAAAAAUCCUCUACCAGCAUACAGAGUUCCAGUUGACACACGUUUCCAGCGUGCUUUUAUUCAACUACUUUACAAUGCACAAUUUGAGGAACUAUCAGCUGCUGAUUUGAAGUUGACAUCAGCAUUAAAUACUGAUUAUCUACUCACUCUCCCAGUUUACGUUGAUUGGAAGAAAGCAGCAGAGUCUAAAGCAAUAAUUUUCAGGAGGGGAUAUGCAACCGAGAGGCAAAAGGGUCUAUUAAUAGUUGAAAAACUGGAUUACGUGCAGUCCAAGAUUCUGCAAGCACUUUUUUACAGUAUCUCUGAGCCAUUAGGGAAAAUCGUCAUGUGGAUUAUUCAGGCAUUUGAAAGGAGUAUUGAAGGACAAGAUGCCGAGGUAUGGAUGAACAAGACGAAGCUUUGGUUCAAAGAAGUCCGGCGGUUUAGGAAAUCAAACUUGUUUGAUGAAUCUAUGCCUGAUAACACAUUAGGGGUCGAUCAGUUAUCAGAUAAGGAUCUUCCUAUAUGGCUUGCUGCACAGAAGGCUGUAGCUCGUUAUGAAGGAACUUUGUCAUCAAAUGGACCUCGUGGCAGGCUCUUUAGGAAAUUGUUGACAUGGACAGGACUCGUACCCUCCAUGCCAGAAAAGUUGUUCAACCAUGAUUCUGAUAUCUCUGCAUCCGAAGCUUAUUUGAGGCCUAUUUUCUUGUCAAGGAUAUCACUUAGUGACAUUUGGGAGCCUGCUUCCAGAAAAUUUUGUGAGAAUAAUCCUUGGAAGAUGUUGAAGAAUGCAUUUUCAAUUUUUCUGUCACGAACAGUCCUUCAGGAGCCGGCAUUUCAAGAAUUGAUUUUGCUUUAUACGAAAGAAAUUGAGGAUAAAGAGAGCAUAGACCAAUCUCCCAUGUUGCAGUUGAAGAUAUAUGAGCGGAUACCUAUCCCUGAUUUGCCGGUUAUUUUUCCUCACAAGAAACUGUCUUUUCGCAUUUUGGACACGGUACGGUUAGAUGGUGCCACGAUCUUGGGGCUAUUAGCCUACUUCAUAAACUACAAAUUUGAGAACAUAUUGUCUUCCCCAUCAGCUGUACUUCUAGAUGUGAUUGCAGCAAGUGCUCUUGUAAUAUCUUUCUCUCGUAUAAUUUUGGGAUACAAACAAACGUGGGAUCGGUAUGAAUUAUUGGUCAACAGGACUCUUUAUGAGAAGACUUUGGCCAGUGGUUUUGGAUCUGUUCACUUUCUUUUGGAUGCUUCUGAACAGCAGCAGUACAAGGAAGCCAUUUUAGCUUAUGCCAUUUUGCUAAAAGCUGGGAGUAUGCAGGCCACUUUUGCAGACAGUGCUCAAGACCAGUGUGAAAGAUUUAUGUAUGAUGUGUUCAGAAAGAAGGUUGAAAUGCCAAUUGAUAAAGCUGUUAAUACUUUGAUGAGGUUGGAUCUUGUUAUCGAAAAAGAAGUUGGUGAAAGAGUUGGACUACUACCAGUUCCAUGUUCCGAGGCCUACACAAUCCUUAAACAACGUUGGAACAGUUUUGUAAAUUAAGAUAGCUCCUAGUUAGGUUAUACACAAGUAAUACAAGGUCAGCAUUGGCCAAAUGAGUUAUUUCAAGCAUCGUCCAAGAUGGUUCAAAGACCUUUGAAUGCAUUAAAGAGACGGGAAUCGGACUAAUAUUCAUAACGACAAGGUAAUGAAGAAAAAGCACACAGCUUAAGGUAGUUAAAAUUUUUGAUAGUUUUACUUAUUAGAAUUCAUGAUUCCGUGUCGUGUAUAGUUUCUCUUGUCAUGCAAUAUGUAAGUUAAUUGCUGAUUAUGCUCAAUUGCUCAUUAUACAAUGAAUAUAAAAAGGUAUGCAAUUCUCAUGUAAAGAUUAUUCUAAUAUAAUGGCAAAUUCAAUAGCAUUUUUUGUUGUUGCAUAA